UUGAAUCAUAUUAUAACCGGAAUAGGACAUAAAAUCUGAACAUUAUGGAAGUAAGUGACCCACUUCCUGGCUCUGAACCUGAACAUGUACCAGUUGUUGAUGGCUCAUCUAACAAUAAAGAUACUGGUGGACAAGGUGGACAAUCUGUUGCACAAAUUGUACCUGUGAUUGAAGUGCCAAUUUCAGACACACAAACCACUGAAGAUGUGAAGGAUCUAGUAACUGUCUUUGCUCCAAUUAAACCUUCGGAGCGAACUGAUUCAUAUCAAUGUAUUGAUGCUAAAUUGAAUGAAGACAGUAGUGACAGAAGAUUGUCAAGGGAAGAUAUCGAAACAAUGGAAAUAAUGCAGAAUGAAAAUACAGACAGUAAAGGUAUUCCAGACUCAUGGCCAAACACACCAGAUACCUGUACACAUGCAAGUACCCCAAUUAAUGGCCACGUUCCCGACAUUUCAACAAAUGAAGAUUCGAUGGCAUCAAGUAUAACAACAACACGAUCUAUCGAUCCUAUUUUAAAACAGAAAAACACAUUCUCACUACUGACUGCAGCAGAUGUGAUAGAAUAUCAAUGGCCAAAUGAUGGUACAGGAGAUUAUUAUAUGAUACAAGAACAAAUCAGUUCUUUUCUCAGCAUAACAUCUUUCAAAAGGAAAUAUCCAGAAAUUGAACGGCGGAAAUUAGAUGCGAGAGAACUAAAUCACUUGAUGUUGAAUAUGUUAGUCAGCGAAGUUCAAGUAACAUUAGGUUUGACAGCAGUUCGAAGCCGUGAUGUUUGUGAUUUGAUGAUGAGAGAAUAUCCUGAUAAAUAUCAAGAAUAUGUCAAUGUUUUGGAUGAAAAAAGAAAGGAAAGUAUUAAGAAGAAACAUCUCCAGUACUCUGCACCCACUGUUGAAAAAUCACAGAUGCCAAGUUAUUUAAAGAAGGCAAUGAACCAGGUAUCAGAUUUUAAUGCCAGACUCAACAGGCAACGAAGAGAUGAAUUUGGAUUGUAUUAUGACAUGCAGACUAAUGUGCUACAAAUUCCUCAGCGAAAAAUGAAGAAAGUUCAUCCUGAUUUCACAAGACCUAGUUUAUAUCCUUGUGCUUUGAUUCCAGGACAAUUCCAAGAGUAUUGUCAAAAGUAUACAUCUGAUGAACUAAACUAUUUUCCACUGAAUACUGUCGUAUAUGGACCUCCUCCUCCACCACCUCUUGACUUACUUGAUUCUAUGGAUUCAGAUGCUUCAGAACAGGAAUCUAUGGACACUGAAACUGCAGAUUCCAAGAGUUUGAGGUCAAUUGAUGAAGAUGGUCACACGAAAGAAUCUCGAGUAGAUAAGGAUAGUGGUCCAAGAGAUUCCACUGUUUCUGCAUCAUCAGACAAUUCUGAUGAAGCACCGAAAAAGGGAAACACAGAAACGGGAGAUCGGUCUUCUACAACAAUAACAACAGUAACAGAAAUUCAAAAUACAGAUGAAGACAGAAAUGCAUCAAUAAAAAAUCAAGCAAUAAAGGAAGAACCAGAUAAAGAUGUAUCUAUGAGUUAUAUUGAUGAUAUAGAUAAACCAAUCUGUGGCAUUUGCCUAAAAGAUGAAACCUCAAAUAAGAAAGAAGAACCGGAGGAUUUGAUAUCUUGUUCACAAUGUGAUAACUAUGGUCAUCCAUCUUGCCUGGACAUGAGUAAAGAUCUUGUUUCUGUUAUUGUAACUUAUAAUUGGCAAUGCCUGGAAUGUAAGACAUGCACAUACUGCAGUAAACCUCAUCAUGAAGAUAAAAUGAUGUUUUGCGAUAGAUGUGACAGAGGAUAUCACACAUUUUGUGUUGGGUUGAGAAAUCUUCCUUCAGGUUUAUGGAUGUGUCCUCAAUGCACCAGGUCAGAUCCUGAUUUUUCUAAAGCUAGCGGAGGGAAACGUUCAAGUACUGGAACUCCACGGAAGAGAAAAAGUGACGCAUCACAAGCAUCACCUGCUGGUGACACUCCUGUUAAACCCAAGAGAAAAAGGAGAACAAAGAAAGAGAUGGAAGAAGCAAGAGAGAAAGAACGUCUUGAAAAAGAAGAAAAACUAAAAAAGAAAACAGAAAAGAAAAAAUCGAAACCAAAAGAUGAGGUCCCAGAAGAGACCCCUGCGAUAGUUGAAGAGAAGACUGUUGAACCGAAAAAGAAAAAACAUAAACCAAAAGAUGAGGACUCAGAAGGGACUCAUGCGGUAGUUGAAGAGAAGACUGUUGAACCGAAAAAGAAAAAACGUAAACCAAAAGAUGGGGACUCAGAAGAGACUCCUGUGGUAGUUGAGGAGAAGACUGUUGAACUGAAAAUGGAAAAACCUGAACCAAAAUAUGAGGACUCAGAAGGGACUCAUGCGGUAGUUGAAGAGAAGACUGUUGAACCGAAAAAGAAAAAACGUAAACCAAAAGAUGGGGACUCCGAAGAGACUCCUGUGGUAGUUGAGGAGAAGACUGUUGAACUGAAAAAGAAAAAACCUGAACCAAAAUAUGAGGACGCAGAAGGAACCCAUGCGGAUGUUGAAGAGAAGACUGUUGAACCGAAAAAGAAAAAACCUAAACCAAAAGAUGAGGACUCGGAAGGAACCCAUGCGGAUGUUGAAGAGAAGACUGUUGAACUGAAAAUGAAAAAACAUAAACCAAAAGAAGGGGUCCCAGAAGAGACCUCUGCGGUAAUUGAGGAGAAGACUGUUGAACUGAAAAUGGAAAAACCUGAACCAAAAGAUGAGGACUUGGAAGAAACCCAUGCUGUAGUUGGAGAGAAAAAUGUUGAACCGAAUCAAAAAACAGAGGACUCAAAUAUUGUUGUUAAAACCGAAGACCUUUCUUAGAAAAGAAAUGGAUGCAAACUUGCUGCCUGUAGACAAUCGAUGUCGCAAUGCAUUUUUCAAAGGCAGCAAUGAUAUUUCUCUCCCCCAGAGAACACACCACCAAACUGCAUUUAACAAUAAAAAUCAAGUUCAAUUGGAAAAUUUUCCCUUUUUCAGAGAUGCUUAUAAUGAACAUGGUUCUACAAUAUGUUACAGUGUACAAUUCAAAUAUCAUUCUUCUAAGCUUGUUCUUCCAAGUUCUUGGGGGUAGAGUCGCAAAAGAACAUUUUCCCGAAAAGGAUCAUUGUCACUUCUGCAAAACCAAAGCUUUGCACAACGAUUGGUGGUAUGGAAUAUACUCACUUGAAGGAAAAACCAUAUUGCAACUUUUCUAGCCAAUUAUAAAGAAUAUUUCCUGUUUCUCAUUGCCAUUUUCCCAUGUUCCCACAAACCGGAAUUAAAGAUUAUUAAUUUAUGCAGCAGUUUGCUUUCGUAAACAGCGUAUUUUGGUAUACCAUAUAUAUUCACUAUGUGGUUUUUCAUGAUAAUCUUCGUGUAAGGCAAAGUCUGUAAACCGAUAUGAGGAUCCCUGAUUUGGCCGUAGACUGCGUGGAUUUUCGUGGCGAAAAUACGCCUGGCCAGCUAGCGUCCGUUGCUAUAUUAAUUACAAUAAAAAAUCUGUCGCUCCGAUUCCGGAAUGCAUGGGUUGGUGUGGAGAACGAAACCGGCCAGUCGUUGGCGUCUUUAAUAUUAAUUGCAAUACAAUUUUAUUUCGAUAUUUCGUCUACAACACGAACAAAAAAGAAAUAAACAGGAACAGUCAGCUUUA